AUGUCGACUCACUACCAUGAAUGUGAGAAGGCUCCAUCAAAGGAUGCGGUGCGGCAGCUGUGUGCUGACAGUUUCCCUUCUGGAGCCCCCGAGUCACGGCGGCUCGCGGAAAGCACAGCAGGGACCCUGUCUGUAUCUGCCAUCGAGGCAAAGGAGGUGAGUGUGAGAAAGUAAAGUAAUUGCAAGAUCAGUCGUCAACCAAGGAGAAAAACAGGGUGCACUGCACACAGACUGCAGCUUUAGAAUUCUAACACUGAUGCCAUUCACUCAUUCUCAUCAGCGACAAAGAAGCGUGUACAUAGUAAAGCGACCCUGGGUUCAAGAUGUGCAAAGGGUGUUGUACUGUCACCGUUUGCUACAAUAUUACUACAGAAUGCUGAUAUGAAUGUAGGCCUAAUGUAUAGAACAACCAACACGACUCACCUGCUCUACACCAGUGUCUCUAAAACCACCAGUGUUUGUCAAACCGGUCCUCUGGGAGAGGACACCAAUUGAUCCUGUUCUCUUCUCUUCCAGCUUGUCGCAGCCCUGCACACCCUUUCUCACCACAUCCUAUUCCAUAACCUGACAGCGCCCGAGCAGAUCCUUGUACUAUUCCCCAAGUCAUUCCACCCCAGCCUCAAGAACCUCAUUACCAAGAUUCUGCUUGAGCACAGGUCUGUAGCCAUCCCUCCCAUGCUUACCAAUGACCACUUUCUCAUAGUUCUACAAUGUGCAUGUCCAAUUUUGUGAACUGAAAUGGUGUCAAAUAUUUGAAAGUAUGGUUACUGAUAUGUUUUUAUUUUUUUUAGUCCCACAUGGAGAAAUGAGGCUCUGUGUAAUCAAAGUAAGCAUAUCCAGGCUCUAUUCUUUGAAAUAUCAGUUACUGAAUGACAGAAUAUUUAUUUAUGCAUUGACCUGUAUGCCAAUGUGGGUAAAUUGAGUGUGUGUGUGUGUGUGUGAGAGAGAGGUACCAACCCUGACACUGCUUAACUUUUGGUUGACUGUUCUCCAGUUUCGCUGCCCCAUCUAGUGGAGAUGGACUGGAGAGUGGACAUGAAGACAGCAUCUGACUCGGUCAGUCGCAUGGCUGUGCCCACCUGCCUGGUGCACAUGAAGGUAUGCCAAUGUGCACCAUGCACUGGUCUCAACAAACGUGUCCUCCUCACCAUAAUAUUACCAUUGACACCAUUUUCUGCACUUUGUCACUUACAUCCAGUGCUUGACUUGGGCAGGAGCAGAGUACCGGCACCUCAAAUGUUCUACUGCACCUCAUAGAAUAUUAGCACAGAAGUAUUAUUGGAUAUCCUGCACCCAAAAUGAGUACUGGCACCCAUUUCAGGGCUUGUUGAAUUUGGUCUGGGUAUAAGUGACUGUGUUGCUAUUGCAGGUGGAGGACUCCAGCUGUCUAGGGGGCAGUGGCGCUCUCUCAUCUGUCACAGUGGAGUUGAGCAAGGAGACUCUGGACACCAUGCUGGACGGCCUGGGCCGGAUCCGUGACCAAUUGUCAGUGGUGGCCGGAAAAUGAGACCUUCACCAGAAUGGCCACACCUGAGGCCUUGGGUGCAUAAUUCUCGAUACUCUAAAGUGACUUCCACUCCUCUCAUUUAUCUGCACAAAUAUGAAGACAUAGAAAUCAAUGAUGGGUGCCCAUUUUCUACUAAUCAACAUAAGUCUCUGAAAUGUAAACACUUGA